AUGGGAUUCGCAAAGGACGAAUUUUCGCAGGACGAUCGCACAAUCAACAGGUAUAUGAUGGAUUUGGCGGCUAAUGGUUUAGAAAAGACCUCUGCUGUAAGGCGAGAGGCAAUGGUUAGCAAACUACAGAACAUGCAAUGGCUGAAAAAUACGUCCCAUCCGGCAAGCCCUGUGAGAGUAAAAACUCACUGUAAGCCAAGAAGAGGUCAUGAGGAGGAUAACAAAGUAGAAGAUAAGAUUCCUGCGAUGGAAGACAGCAACACUAAUUCAGCUGAAGAGUCCCGUGAAUACCAUUUAACAGUGAAUACACAUAUGAGAGAUUUAUCUAGCGACUCGAUGGCUAAAAGUGACAGAAAUUUACAGGAUAAAAAUAUGAAUAUAUCUAACAUAUUUCCAAAUGCUCACGUAUCGAUUAUGCAAAAGGCAGAAGAAGAAGGAUCAAGCAUAGCUAUUCAAGAAAAUCUUGUAACAGUACAGUUGGAAAAUCAAUGUCAUGUAGAUAAGGAACGGAAAGAUCAAGAAAAUGUGUCGCAAAAUGCCCUUGAAGACAAGACACAGAAUGUCACAUGUCCGAAAUUUCCGGAGUCGCAAGAAGACGAUCAUGAUGCGAAAGAAUUGGAUUUAACAAAUGAUUCUGACAAAAAUAAUAAUAAUGCCAAACUCACGACGUUAGAUAUGUCAAAAGCAAGCACAUCGGAGUUAUCGGGAAACGAUAAGGCAUCAGUGGAACCGAAGGAUAAAGACGCGUGUAUGAAGAAGACCCUCACUUCGCUGAAAACAAACAUCAAGAACGCAAGUACAACAAGUUUAUCUAAAUGUUGCAACGACAAACCUUCCACCCUUUUUACCAAUCCUAACAGAUCGCUUUCCAAUCUGUCGAAAUCGCCGAUCACCGAUAAGAGCGGAAGAGGCGAACGUGCCAGCGGCAAGCAUAUAUUCACAAAGAAGACUUGCCCAAAGGAUGAAUUUGUAAGACAACACGGUGUUCCAACGAAAGGAAUGGAAAAUAAAACAAAGGAUACCGCUGCAAAGUCAGGUCUGCCGAAGGCAGAUGAGAAGGAACCAAAUAAAACAGCAGAUACAAGCCAGAGCGAUCAGAAAGUGCAGAGUUCAUCUUGUCCCGCCUCUUCAAAUAAGGACAAAACAUCGCAGGUUCAACAACGAAUAACUACAAAACAGUUCACGCUGAAGAGCAAAGGGCAGGAGUCCUCGAGAGGUAACGCAUCGUAUCCGAUUAACCGCGGUGUCGAUAAAAAUAAGACCCCAGAUAGAACGGAGAAAGCGGUGCCUGCGUGUAGGAACUCCGACUCGCCUAUGCGCGAAUGCGAGAGGAGGAGUGGCGAGAAGAAUCCUCCGAGCGAUCCGAAGCCCUAUGUCGCCACCAGGAACACCACGUUCGUCGCGCAAUACAAAAACUCAACAUUGUCGAGGCCUGCGAAGACCAAGAACAUCGAGAGUGCUCCAGCUUGCGGGAGAAACCCGUUGUACGCGCGCAGCAACACGACACCCGACAAGGAGCGCGCCGGUACCGCCGAGUACAGAACCGUCGCGAAGAUGAAGAGAGACUGCCUGCCGGCCGACGCAUCUCCCAGCUUGGACACGAGGGCCGAAGAGCCGAGCAAUUUCGAGUCUGACGUGAAGCAACAACGCGAGAGAGACGGUGAUGACGCGCAGCCGGCUAACGCAAAGUCGCCGGAAACCGACGCGUCGAUUCUCAACAUCGACGCUAACGGAAAUUCCACGGGAGACAAGAAGCCAGCGAGUGUUGAGGAUCACGCGAGACAAGUGCACGUGGCGUCGGGAGAAAGCUGUCCGAACGAAAAGGCACUCGACAACGACAGAACCGAUCAGAGACCGACAGACGGGAACGCUAAAGUGGACGACGAAGGGAUGAAGUCGUCGAAGGACUCGUUCGACUUGGAUAUGACCAAGAGCUACGCAGGGUCGCCGGGCUACCCGAUGAGCCAGCAUAUAUACAAGCCGGAGGACACCCGACAGCAGACGCAGAGUCAGAUGAGAAGUCAGCCGGUCAUCUGGAACGAGCCGUCCGAGCCGAGGAGCGCGACGAGCGUGCAGCAGUUCGUCCAGACGGAGGGCCACGUGCGGAUGCGGGAGAUGGACUAUGGGCAGCGAUUUUACGAGCAGCAGCGUCCGCCGAUGAGCGACACGGCGCUGCGGCUGCCGCAGAUCCCCAACACCUUCGACCACGUGUACGAGCCGUACAACGUGACGCAGCCGUCGGCCGGCGACGCCGCCACCAUGUUCGACGCGAUAAACGGCAAUCGAGAGAGCUCGAACAGAUACACGCCGAACGCGCAGAGGCCCUUCACGCCACUGUCGGACUUCCCGGGCCAACCGGCGAGUCAGAUCAGUAGAUGGAACCUCCCGGUGCAGGACGGCUUCCAUAUCGAGCAGUUCGCCAACCACGCCGGUGCCCAACCGAUGCACGUGUACAGCGCCGCGUCGUCCUUCGCCCCGGACGAGUACAACGCGCCGAACUGCCUGCCGUCGCAUCCAUUGCUCUUCACGCCCUGCAUACAACCGAACUGGAACCCCCAGAUCCACUACCAGACGCCGAUCUACCACAGUCCCCCGUGCACCAGCUACACCGUGCUGCCCAGCGUGGCCGGCCAGUCGAGCAGUUACAACGAUGUCGCCGCGAUGUGCAUGCACGACCAGCCGCCGCAGCACAGGUACGUCCACUAUCUGCCGGCCAGCGGCAACGCAGCCGUGCAGAUGCACGCGAACCCGAGCUACGUGAAGGGUAUGUACGAGCCGGGGAACACCGCCGUCGAGGACGCCCCCGCGAGGUCCAAUCGCUACUACAACAAGAGGUACCAGGACAACUGCCUGCGUACAACCACCUACGACGUUCCCCAGUACGCGACACCGGCGACACCGGCCUCGCAUUUACCGGUCUCACGAGUCCAGCAGCAGUCUUUCGCACCCGCGGCUAUGAAUCAGUACAACGUCUUCGGCCCGCCGGGCCAGAGGUACUACAAGCAGAACGCGAUGAACUACGCGCAGCCACGGCCGAAGAGUCCCAAGAAGACGCAGGACCUGGUCUGCGAGGACAGCAGUCUGGAGGACAUCCCGCCGAUCAUAUCGCCGAAGGAGUUCAUGACGAACAGCAUUAACAUCCCAAACAAGACCGACCAGCUCCCGCCGCGUAUGUUUAAGCAAGACUUCAGAAUGAGGCAGAACACGGGAUACCGUCAGUCAUCGUUCCAGAGGUAUAACGGCGGCUUUCGCAAGAACGUACCGUGCCAUGACUUCCCGAAGGAGUACCACGCGUCCUCCGUCGGCGUCGGCCGCGGCAUCGCCAAGACCAUCCAGAACACAAAAAUGUAAGUUGUCGCGACGUGUAAAGCGGGGUGUCUACAAUGAGAAUUCAAGGCUAAAAUAAAAGUUGAGAAAUUGACCAAUCACAGUCGAAUAAUAGGAGAAAAGCCAGU